GCCAUUUUGACUUUGUGGCUGUAGUAACCAGUGAAAACCAUUUCCGCGGGUUGAGUCGCCAUUCUUUACGUUCUUUGUACGUUUGGAAGUUCUCUCCGCUAGUCAGCAAGUAGUUGUUUAGUGAUUAGACAAAUGUACAGACUGUCAAACAAGAUCGAAUCUUUUCCUACGAGAAGCUGAAUAAUAUUACGAACAAAUAGCUACAAUCUGAUCCAGUUAAAGCUUCACGGAGGAUAAUCUGAGCGGGAAUAAAUUAGUGGUGUCCCUCAUCAAAAGCUAAAAAUGAUCACCAGACGAAGAGGUCGUUCAGACAACACCGAUGUGGAGGUGCACUCUUCAACUUGUCCUUUUGAUGUUGAAGUCACUGACUUUGUUGAAAUGAUAGAAAAUGUUAAAACGAGUCCCUCUGAAGAAAUUCAGUCAGAGAAUGGGGAUAGUACAGUUGGAUUAGAGCUGGAUGAUUUAUUUGGAAUCGACGAGUUACACUGGACAUUUGAGAAGGAUGCAGUCUCCCCUCUUUUCGACAUUGGAUUGGCCGAAUUAGGUGUGGGUGACACAACAGAUCAAGAUUUUUGGAUUGGUACAUCCAGAACCCCAUCGCCCGAAGGAGUGUCUGCUGUUCAGAAAAGGAAGGGGAGAGAUGACCUGUCUGGGCACAUGAUCAACAAAAACGCUGUCGCUGCGCGAAUUAAUCGUCUGAAAAAGAAGGAAUACUUGAACGGGCUGGAAAAUAAAGUCGGGUCUCUGUCGUCAGAAAACCGCAUACUCAAACAGGAAAACGUCCAAUUGAAUAAGAGGGUAGAAGAGUUGGAAGAUGAGACGAGGUACCUGAGAGCUGUGUUGGCCAACGAGAGCAUGUUAGCCCAGCUGUUGUCAAGGCUGAGCGGUGUGAACGGCAUGAAAUUAUCUUCCUCGCUUUUCCAGGGGUCCAACAAGAAUGACGACCACGAUUAUGCCUUGCCCCGGAAACGUGUGAAGGUGGAGGAAAAGGAGACCUCUGGUGGCAUCUGUCUGCACGUGGACAAGAACAACGUCUCAGUGGAGUUCUGCACUAAGUGUGCAGAGAGUGCAAGCGCAUCACUCAAAAUUUUUCUUCUAGGUGAUGAUUGUUCUACCAUGCUGGAUGAAUGGGUUACAGAGCGUCCCUGUCUGCUUGGCUCCAUGUGGAUUCUGCUGUUCGGGAAGCUGAAGAGGCGGGACCCGCUGCUGCCAACUUGGCCUGGUAUUUUUUUAAAGCAAGCUCUUUCUGCAGACAAAGGUCUAUCAAUUCCUCAACAAAAUGGAAAAAUGUGGUAAUGGUUUAUGAGGCCUCAUUUCAGUGGAGAGUUCAAAGCAUACUCUAUGUGCAUAUGCCUACUAGUCCGAUGUACUUGUUUUUAACAUAAUGCUGCUGCAUUUAGUUUUAAAGUGAUAUUUCACUAAAAUCAGCUUCAGGUGUUUUCAGACUUCAAAAUUGGUCUAAUGAAUGUUCAUGUCCCAUCCCACCACCUGUAUAGAUCCAGCUAUAUGCCUCAAUCCCAAAUGAAUCCCCCCCAAAAUACAGGUGCUGAUCAAAAUGAUGAAAAUUAAAAUAAUUUCAGAUAGGUGCUGAGGCAUUUAGUGGGAUUUACACAGCUGGUAGCUUGGGCCAUUGAUUCAUUUAGACAGACCACUUCUGAGGUCUGAAAAUGUCUAACAAAUAGGGUAAGGAACUGUCACUCUAAAGUUUAUCGAGCUGGACGGCAUUUCGGUGAUAAUAUUUAAUGUGGAGAACCCACAACGCUUUCAUUUGGAUCUGAGAAGUAAAUUGUUAGCUUCUUCACAAAUUAACUUUGUUAAAAGGUACCCUCUUUAAUUUGUUUUUCAGCGUUAUGGCUGACCCAAACACUUUGUUUGCUAUAAAGCUAAAGGAUGGGUUGGAGAAAUGUAACCACCUUCAAAUUCAUAGAUGAAGCUAUGGAUGAAAGGAGUGACAAUACAUGAGAUCGAAAUUAUAGUUUUGCGUUUAUAUUUAAGCUAUACAUUGUUUGAAACAAACUUAUUUUGGGUUAUGAUUGCGUAAGCUCAGGGGGCAUUAAGUUGUAUUCUUCCAAGAAUCCAUGGGUAUAGGUAGGUGGCUAAAAUUCACAGGUCAUAACAUUGGCAUGCAAGGCUACUUAUUUGGGCAUGCACUGCAAACUAAACUGUUUUUAUGAAAAAUCUGGAAUAUUUUGCCAUAUGUGCAUAUAUGUUGGACAUAGGAAACCGUAAAAGGGUUUGAGAGCCUGUUAACAGACACAGCAUUUUUAGACUGAUGCAUUUAGCUGAUUACUUGAGGUGUACAUGAUUUAAGGACCCCAAUCAAACACACCGUUGAAACCAUCAUAACCCCACAUUUGGUUUGUAAUCCAUUGUUUAAAGAAUGUCUUUGUUUAUAUACACUAUAGCUUCAAAAUAUGGUUAAAACUAUCACGUGGGCGGACAGUCAGUACAUGCAUCCUAUGAAUUGAGUGGUUACAUUUCUCCAGCCCUGUGAUCACGCAGAUUUGUAGCAAACCAAGUGGUGGUGCUGUUGGAAUUAAUUAUUGUGCCAUUAGGAUAAUUUUGGUAUUUAAGACCUUUACAGUUAAAUUGUUUCUUGCACUGAAAGUAGACCAGGAGCCAGUUGGCUGCAAUUUGGAUUUCUUAAAAACAGCCACUUUGAACUUUAGCCACUGCUAACCAAAAGUCAAUGGGAGUGAUGGUUACUGUCCAAUUUUGAACAAUUCACUGGCAAAUAAAUUGAAAUCAAUUCAAUGACUUGGUUUGAAAUCACAAAAGGUGAUUUGGCCAAAAGUGAACACUUCCCGUUUGCCUUCAUCACGACCAUUGAUUUUUUUUUUGUUAGUAGUGAGUGGCUGUUUUUUUAAAGAAAUCCAAAUUGGAUUUAGUCUGGCCCAUAGACCACUGUCAGGGUAAGGAAUCAUUUACAUUUUUAUUAAUUUAGCAGACUAAUCCAGUGUGAUUUACAGGAGCAAUUGGGGUAAAGUGCCUUGCUCAAGGGUACAUCGGAUUUUUAACCAAGUCUGCUUGUGGAUUUGAACCAGUGACCUUUCAUUUACUGGCCCAACGCUCCUAACCGCUAGGCUUCCUGCCGCAGAAUGAUGAAUGUGGGUGGUAGACUGGCAGUUAUGCACUAUGACCUGUACUAUAAUUGAAGGCUCUUUUGCACUAAAAUUGUCAAUGUGUUUCUACACUGGUAAAAUGGUAUCCUCAACCAAUAUUUUAGAUUGUCUGGUUGGCCUGCUAGUAAAUGGCAAUAGCCAAUAUAAAUAGAUUUUCAUAUCACUAUACACUAUACAAAUGUUACUCCUGAAGUACCUUCCCUAACUGGCUUGAUAUAACUCAAUUUGAUGCCAUUUUUACUGUACAAUCCAAAUUGAACCAUCUUUGCAUUGUUUAUCAGUUGCACUAGCUUAGUAUUUGGCACUCUCAGACCUUUGUUUUCAUGUCAGGUCACUCAACAUUUUCCUUAUGCACAUGUUGUACGCUUUUUUUUUUGAGGGCCUUUGUGUUAAAUGGAUAGUUCGCGAUUUGACGCCUUUAUCAACUUCCCCAUAAUCAGAUGAACUCGUGGAUACCAUUUGUCUGUGCAUGCAGUUUGAAGGAAGUUGAUCACUAACGGUAGCGCAAUUGCUAACUGGUGUUAGUCCAAUGACUUGAAGUCUAUGGGUAUCUGCUAGCAUGCGCUAAUGCUAGUUUGUAUUGGCUUGCGAAACUACCUCAACUUCCUUCAUAUUGCACUCAGACGUAAAAAUUCUAUCCAUGAGUUCAUCUGACUAGGGAAGUAGAUAAAGGGCCUCAUUGCCAAAAUCCUAAUUUAGGACCCUCAGUUUAUGGGCAUUUAACACACAGCUUUGAGGUAGGCCUGGAUUUAAACAGACAACCAUUGUAUUGCGAUCCUGAUUCUGGGGUGUAAUUUCUUAUCACUAAAACUGCCAAUGGAUCAUGCAUCAAAUGCAUUAAGUAAAAAUAUGCCAAGUAAAAACAUUUUCAAAAUACAGAACAGUUAUACAACCUGAUAAUCACCUAAUGCAUGUUUUAAUUAACAUUUAGCAUUAAGGUAUAACAUGUAUAUUGAACUAGGCAUGUUAUUUAAUGGCUGUUAACUGUGGUUCCACUUCAAACACAGCAGAAGCUUUUUCAGAACAAGUUAAUUGCAGUGUGAUGUUCUGCGCAAUCUGUUUUGAAUUCUGUCCUCUAUACUAAUUUCAGUGAAGAGAUAAUGCCCCAUUCUCCCGAGGUUAAACUACAGUUGUCCAUAUGGUUAUGAAACUACACAGUGAGAACACCCAGUAACUUGGUAAUACCAUAAAGCACACUUGAUGUGGGCCACGUUCAGUGGGCAAACCUAUUUGAAUGUUAGAAUUGCCAUGAAUAGAGCAGAUGUGAAUCCAUGUCAGGCCUGUUUGUUCUACAUAUAUCUUCGAGUGUUCCACUACAUCAGGUAUUCCCAAAUGGGUACGCGCAAUGCUGUCGGGGGUACACCAAAUAAAAAUGACAUUCUAUUUUUUGGGGUUCACAUUUUCAAACAACAUUUAUUUUCCAACGGGACUAUACAUCUGGGUGAGUUUUUUACUUUUUUCCCCCCUCGCCUGAGUAGCCUCGUUUCACUGCCAAAAAUAAAAUUAAACCAUCUAGUGUUCAGUGAAAUAAUAACACAAUGUCACGUACAGGUAGCCUAGUCAAAUAAUUCACAUCCAAUCACAUUAACCGUUACUGUCUCGCGGGAAACCUAGAAACGAAACGUGACAAUUUGAAAAAAAAGCCACAGGAGUUUGAGCUAGAAUAAAGAUGACUUUCGAGUAGUAAGACAUGUAUAACCACAACAGAUACCAUUAAUAAGGGUCUAGAAGCAUCUUAUAUGGUGAGCUACCGAGUGGCUAGGACAGGCAAGCCCAUACUUUUGUGGAGGACUUAAAUAUUCCUGCUGCUGUGGAUAUGGCUGGGACAAUGCUGGGGGUAAAAGCCCAGAAAACUAUACAGACAAUGUCUUCAUCAGACAACACU